AUGAGUCGGACAGCGGAGCUACAGCCUCCCCUCUCCCCCCCUGAGCCAGCGUACCUCAGGUCCUCGGCUCCAUUUCCUUCCCCUGAUCACAAUCCACCACCUCCACCUCCACCCCUGAUGUCUCCAAAGAACUCGAGCAAACAUGUCUCGAGACUCUCGCUUCGUGAAAUACCGAAAAGAAAACCUGUCGGUCUUUCCGAACUGGAGGCCCACGAAAGUGCCGUCAUGCACCAUUCGCCAGUGUCACCCGUGAGGAUCGACGAUCCUUCUAUAAUACCAGAAGCUUCAUCUGCUCUCGUCGAGGAUGUGAGGAAUCUAAGGUUGUCCCAGGAAUCCGGGAAUAACUAUAGUUAUCAAGAAUAUCCCCCUCGCCGCAGCUCCUUGUACCAAAGUCCUCCCCCUGCUCAGUACUCGCAAGAUCAGCACGGGCCCAUGGACGACACAUCGGGUAUUCCCCCGCGAGGCGAUUCGCUCAAUCAUGCCGGGAUGCCGCAGCAAUUCUCACAUUUGAAUGGGCAAGGGCGCCAGGUUGAGACGAGAAGUUCAUCGAGUAGAAACAGCCUCGAAAGCUUUCCCGAGGAACAAGAAAGCACCCAAGGAAACCAAGAGCCCGAGAUCUACCAGCCCCUGCAGUAUCACCAUCAGCCUUUCCAGGAGCAUCUGCUCGACCGUGUCGGGCAUCGUGGAUCAAAGAGCACAAUCAUUUCGGCUUCCGACUCCUCCUCUACCGGAGGGCAAUCAAAUAACCUUGCACCGGGAGGGUUGGUGGUUCCACGCCCACCGUCAGCAUAUUCGGAUGGCAGGGGUCGCACACGUUCCCUCCAGCUCUCUCCUUACGGCCAUGCGCGCGCGGUAUCCUCUCACUCGGCUGCUUCUCCAGACACCAGACCCCUAUCCUUCGUGGACUUGAUGAACGUACCGUAUCCACAACCCCCUCCGGCUCCUGCGACUCUCAGCAAUGCGCAUCUGCGGGCGUCCGUGGGGAACAGCGCUUCUCUGCUAAGCCAUAAGCAGACAUUUGAGAUGUACCUGGCGAACGUCAAGAAAACUAAUGACUCAGGGGCGCAAUAUGAGUUUGCGGUGUUUAUGAUCCAUGCCGCACAAGAGGCUUCUCGGCCGGAUUCCCCCGCCGCCUCCAAACAGCAAGAGAUCGGGUCCGAUAUCUCGAAGGCGGAAUUGCUUCGAGAAGCCAAGGCGAUCUUACAGCGUCUGGCUGAUCGUAGUUAUCCGUACGCGCAGUAUUAUCUCGGUGAUGGGUAUGCCUCGGGUCUUUUUAACAAGGGAAAACCAGAUUAUGACAAAGCUUUCCCGCUAUUCGUCGCUGCCAGCAAACAUGGUCACGCGGAAGCUGGGUACCGUGCCGCCCUCUGCUAUGAGUUUGGCUGGGGAAGCAGGAAAGACGGCGCAAAAGCAGUCCAAUUCUACCGACAGGCAGCAUCCAAAAACCAUCCCGGGGCAAUGUUACGAUUGGGAAAAGCGUGUCUGACUGGCGAUAUGGGUCUUAGCAAGCGCUAUCGUGAAGGCAUAACCUGGCUGAAGCGAGCCACCGAAUCGGCGGAUUUCCAAUACAAUGCCGGCCCGUACGAGCUGGGUCUCCUCCACGAAACUGGUUAUGGAGACGAUGUCUUCCAGGACGAAUCCUAUGCGGCGCAGCUGCUUACGAAAUCUGCGGAACUCGGACAUGCGGAGUCGAAUUACCGACUUGGAGAUGCGUAUGAGCAUGGGAAAUUGAGCUGUCCGCGAGAUCCGGCCCUCAGUGUGCAUUUCUACACGGGUGCUGCCCAGUUGGGACACCCGAUGGCGAUGAUGGCUCUCUGCGCCUGGUUCAUGGUGGGCGCGGAGCCCAUGCUGGAGAAGGACGAAUAUGAGGCGUACGAGUGGGCGAAAAAGGCGGCUGAAUGCGGGCUUGCGAAAGCGGAGUAUGCGGUGGGCUACUUCACGGAGAUGGGCAUUGGGUGUCGGCGUGACCCUCUCGAGGCCAAUGUGUGGUACGUUCGCGCAGCUGACCAUGGCGAUGAGCGCGCCAAACACCGCAUCGCGGCAAUCAGAGCUGCGGCGUCAGGCGCUGAUCCCAAGUCGGCGGCGCGGCGGACGCACGGGAAGAUUGGAAAACCUGACCCUGCUACACAGAACGAUAAGGGGAAAGGCAAGAAGUUCGGUCUCUUCUAGUUCCCAACCUCCUCAUUUCUUUCUUUUUUAUUUUAUUU